AUGGGCACACUGGCACCUCAAGCAUUAAAAAGCAUUGCAAAGGAGCUACAAUCUCUCGAGCGAUCGCCACCAGAAGACGUUCAAGUCAUUCAAGGAGAACAAGAUCUGACAGAGAUCCAGGCAUGGAUUCGUGGUCCAGACGGCACACCUUAUGAGAAUGGUUACUUUAAGGUCCGUUUACUACUUGCUGAUGGGUAUCCUGAAGUACCACCCAAAGGUUACUUUGUUACCAAGAUCUUUCAUCCCAACGUGGCUCCUAACGGCGAGAUUUGUGUCAAUACAUUGAAAAAGGAUUGGAAAUCUACGUUAGGGAUCGCUCAUGUUUUGCUGACGGUGAAAUGUUUAUUGAUCGUUCCUAAUCCGGAAUCAGCAUUGAAUGAGGAAGCGGGCAAGCUCUUGCUAGAACAAUACGACGAUUACGCCAAACGUGCUAGAUUAUAUACGACUAUUCAUGCAAAGAGCGGAAGACAAGAAUUCAAUGCACUUGCAGCAGAACGAACACCCGUUGAUAAGCAAAACGAGAACACAUCCAAAGAUACAACCACCUCAAUCAACACCACCUCAACAACAACAGCUCCUGCAACUAAGAAAGAGGAUUCGACAUCAGCUUCCACUACUACAACUUCAACCCAUACAACCACUGCUACUACUACUAUUACAACGACUAAAUCAAGCGCUGGUGCUGGAAACGUAUUAACAUCAGCAGCAAGUAACAUCGCCACACAAACCGCCGGUGUCAAACGUACAGCAGCAGAGCUUCAGGGAGGAAAAGACAACACCAUCCUCAACAACAAGCAAGCGAGAACAGAGACGGCUCAAACCAAGAGGAAACCCAUGGCUGUCGCUGAUAGGAAGAAACAACUUCGACGGCUAUAA